GAUUCAGAACAGACUGUUGGGACACCAUAUGGUUUCUCUGAUUAAGUUUUCCUAGCCCUAACGAUUUUGAAUCAUAUUUUAUUUUGCAGGCCGUGAGUUUGAAUAGUGGUCACUAAACAUUCUCCAAUUUUGGAUCACGCCGAUAAAGCCAAAACCCCACGAAAAAGCUUUCACAACCAAAGCAACCAUCUUUUUUAUUUCCCCACACUCCGAGAUUUCUAAAGCACCAUUUUGUCCUAAAAUCCCUCUUUUGUUCUUUUGAAAUCCUUUUCAUGUUCUUCUUACAUUCCCCGAUUUCUUUUUCUCUGAGAAAGUGAAUCUCUUUUGAUUUUGAUUCCUUUUUUAGUCUUUUCUGCAAUGAUUCCGUAUUUUGAAACUUGGUGGUGAUGACUUGUAUAAUAAAGCCGAGAAUGGAAGUUUAGGGUUUUCUCUGUAUGAACAAUGGGUGCUCUCGGAAGAAAUGUUGGUCUGAUCGAUUCAAAGGGUUGUUCCAAAUUGUUUCCUAUCUUGCAAUCUCCACCUCCUCCUCCCAUGUCUCAACCCAAUGGACCCUUCUCUUCUCUUGUCAUUUGCGUCACUGGUUUAUCCAAAGAUGCAAGAAAACAAGUGAAGGAAGCGACAGAGAGACUCGGAGGCGAAUACAGUCCUCACCUUCACCUGCAAUGUACCCAUUUGGUUGUCCAGAGCUCAUGUGGACGUAAGUUUGAGCACACUUUGAAGCAUGGGGCAAGAAACGGUCUAUUUAUUGUUACAAUUGGCUGGUUUGUAGAUAGCGUCAGGAGAAACCUCAGGAUGAGCGAAUCACUUUACAAUGUUAAACAACUUGAACAAAAUAGCGAAAAGGUGGAUGACCUGAGCCGGGUUUUUGAUCUCGAACCUAUUUGUCGUCCUCGUCCAAGUCAGCAAGCUGUACAUUUUGGCACAGCAAAGAAGUACUGCCAAGUUUCUUCUUCUGAAACAGAGAUUAGCACUAGUGUAGACAUGACUCUUGCUGACCAUUCCAUGUAUGUUGAUUCAGACAUUUCAAAUGAACUCCGGGUUAAGGUGUUAAAGGUUGCUGAAGAUCAAGGAGCAAAAGUCAUAGAUUCAUGGUUUAUUGGUUGCAAUGCAAGUCUUGUCGUGUGUGAAGGUCCUUCUGUCCAGAGAUAUCUUGGCCAUGCAAACACCAUUGUCUCGCCACUAUGGGUCCUAAAAACAGUAGAGAGACAUCGACAAAGACUUGUUCACAUGUCACCUGAUUUAGCAAGACAGUUAGGAUUAAUGGUUGAAAGCUUUGAAGAUGGUGCUACACUGGAGAAAAUAUCCGGGGAAGGGAAUACUCAAGAUGCUCUUAAAUUCAGGAGUAAAUCAAUAAAAGAAAGGAAAGAGACUGUAAAUAUAGCUAAAACUGGGGUUAGGAGACGGCGUGCUCGCCAUAUGCACACUUGCCAAAACCCAAUAAGACGCAUAACACAGAACAGCCUGCUGGAUAAUAUUUGCUGGACAAUAUCUGAAGCUGCUUCAACAGCCACUAUUUUUGCUUAUUCUUGCAGCAGCAGUGGCAACAUCAAUGAACCCCAGCCUUCUGUUGUACAAGAAGAGAAAGAUAAAGCGUUAGAUCCAGUAGCUUCAUUUUCAAACUCGACCAGACCACUCACCGAGAGCGAGAAGACGGAAGUGAUAUUUAAAGACAGCUUCCUUACAAUUCUGUAUCCAGCCGAUCGGUUCUCGGAGAUGGGACCUUCUUCACGGACUUAUUUCAGUGACAACGGCUUCACUUGCAUGCAAAUCUUAGACUAUAUCCACAGAUUUUACCAGGAGAACUUGCUGAACCAUGAAUUAGAGGUCGCGAUUCACACAGACUCAAGGGACGCCGAUCGUCUCAGAGCAACUUAUUGCAACAAGGAGGCAUCAGAUGAUGGAUACAUGGUUUUCCCAAGGAUAGGACUAUUGGGAAGCAGGAAAAGUUUCGAAAUGCUUAAGCGUGUGAAUGGAGAGAACAACAGUAAUGUUUAUGAACUCAUGAUUAGAGCUUGAACCACAAUUUGUUCUUUUUACUGUCGACUCCUUAAUUCAAGACUUAUUGAUGAGUAGUGAUGAUGCACAAUGAAUCUAAAGAAUUAAGUAUUUUUAGAAGAAAGGAGUAUAUA